UUUUAUCGUUCAUUUGUCUCUAUCUUUCUCUCUCAAAAGCUCCAGCUCAGGAGAGGUCCCUUGGAGUCUUUCUCUCUCUAGGGUUUCUCUCUCCUCGCUUUUUUUUUUUUCCAAAUAAAACUUUCUCUUAAAUCAAUAUCAAUUUUCUGAGAAAAGAGAGAAAUGUUGAGACAUAGAGAUUUUUAGUUUUUUUUUUUUUCUGGAAAAUUUAUUUGAAUUUUUUUGAAUUUCAAAUAUAAGCGGUUGAUUUGGAAAUGCCGGCACGGCGGUCGAGGUCGGAGAACGACGAUGAGAGACAGCAGCUCCGGCGGGACCCAUACGAGGUUCUUGGCGUCUCCAGAAACUCCACUGACCAGGAAAUCAAGACCGCCUACCGUAAAAUGGCUCUCAAGUACCAUCCUGACAAGAAUGCAAAUGAUCCUGAAGCAGCUGAUAUGUUCAAAGAAGUUACAUUUUCUUAUAAUAUCUUGUCUGAUCCGGACAAACGACGCCAGUAUGACUCAGCUGGUUUUGAGGCUGUUGAAUCAGAAAGUCAAGAAUUAGAGUUAGAUCUGUCGAGCUUGGGCACUGUGAACACUAUGUUUGCAGCACUUUUUAGUAAACUUGGCGUGCCAAUUAAGACCACUGUAUCAGCAACUGUCUUAGAGGAGGCACUUAAUGGCGUGGUCUCUAUUCGUCCACUUCUGGUCGGCCAGCAUAUUUCUAGGAAGGUUGAAAAGCAAUGUGCUCACUUCUAUUCUGUCACAAUAACAGAGGAGGAAGCAAGAGCUGGAUUUGUCUGUCGAGUGCAAUCAUCUGACAAGAGCAAGUUCAAGUUGUUGUAUUUUGAUCAAGAAGAGAAUGGUGGUCUCAGCCUUGCUCUACAGGAAGACAGUUCUAAAACUGGAAAAGUGACAUCUGCUGGAAUGUAUUUUCUUUGUUUUCCUGUUUAUCGGUUAGAUCAGACAGUCAACUCGAUUGCAGCUGCAAAGGAUGCAGAUGCUGCCUUCUUCAAAAAACUGGAUGGGUUUCAGCCAUGUGAAAUAACUGAACUGAAGGCUGGCACCCACAUUUUUGCCGUCUAUGGUGACAAUUUUUUCAAGAGUGCAAGUUAUUCAGUGGAAGCUCUUUCUGCCGCAUCCUUUACAGAAGAAAAGGCAAAUCUUAGAGCUGUUGAAGCACAGAUUCUUGCAAAAAGGGUAGAAAUAUCGAAGUUUGAAACUGAAUACAGAGAGGUGUUGGCACAAUUUACAGAGAUGACAAGUAGAUACGCACAAGAAAUGCAAGAGAUUGAUGAGCUUCUUAAACAAAGGAAUGAAAUACAUGCCUCAUACACAAUUGCUCCUCCAAUGAAGCGGAGUACAAGUAGGAGCAGGAGUAAGGGUCCCUUAAGGGAGACCAAAGAAGAUGGACAAUUGAGAGAUAAGAAACCUUCAAAUAGGGACAGAACUAAGAAAAAGAAAUGGUUCAAUAUCCACUUAAAAGUUGACAAGAGAAAGCCUUGCUAGAACCGAAGAUGCGGUAAGAUCUAGGGUUGAUAUUCUUUUUCCUCUAUUUCAGCUGAAUCAUAUAAAGUGGAAUUAAUACAUCAACUUUUUCUGAUGGGUUGGUGGCCGUGCAAAGCAAUAUUAUGAGGUUAAGCAAUUUCUUGGCCGCAUAUUAUUGAUUAAGGAUGAAGUGCAGACGAAUAUUGCAGUGGAAAUGCUUCAUUGCUCCAGCUUGUCAAAGGAUGACAAAUUGACAACAGCUCAUUGUUAUUGUAAAAUUCCUUCGUUUUCUUUUCUGAGUUACAAUUUCUUGUUGCAUGGCGUCAAUCAUUUUCCAUUUUGCAAGCAAGCAACACCUGUAAAUUGCAUAACUUAUGUCAAGAACUUUUCGUUAGCUAGGAGGGGAAAUGAAAAGAGUUGCCACUUUUUGCAUGCUGACGUGGUUUGUACUGCCCGAGCACAGGACAGUGAUCUUUUAGUAGUUAUAUCACUUUUGCCUCUUUUUGUUUUCUUUA